AGUACGGCCAAAUGCUCACUAGCUCCAACCAGGCCUCUCUCUAUCUCUCUACUUUCUCGCUCUGUAAUCUGUAUAUGAUUCUGUACAGUCUCUCUCAGCUUUGGAGUUUGUGGAAUCAAAAGCCAUUUCGAGAUUAGAAUUCGAUGCGAUCUCUUCUCUCCUCUUCUUCGUCCUCUGCGAGCUCUCUUUCACAACUUUUUGAUCUUUGGUUGCUCUCAGUGUCACACUGAGACCUUUGUGCCACCGACACGUUUUGCUUCGUCUUCAGGAUACAGAAGUUUCCGAUAAUGGCUACUUUCUCUUCUACAUUUCAGCGAUUACUCCUGAAACGAUUGUGUCCGUGUGAACAGUGAAUAUCAUCGUCUUUUCUGCUCACAAGCUUUCACAACAACCAACCAACCGGCAGAUCGACAAACUAUUUGAAUCUCUUAUCAUGCCAUCUGAGAUACAGCUGAUCCUUGUGUCUUACCAGGCAUAUGGGAUUCCGUUUAGAGCUUAAGAAAAAUUCAAAGGGAUCGUCAAACUUCAGGAAGAAUGGAGAAUCGAUUAUUGCCCCAAGCAAGCCAAGGUACAAAAUUGCGAGACAAGUUGAAAAUGGAGAAAUCUAACUCGUCUUACACUGAUAUCCAUUCUGAAGUAAUAAUAAACAUUGUAACUGAUAUCCCAUCAACAUCUUCAGGGAAUCACCAUAAGCAACAAGUUGGAAGAAAGACAACUGUGAAUAAAGAGGUGGUUAAAUAUAUCUCAACUUUGCCAAAUUAUUUGGAAAGGGGAGAAAACCUUCAGGAGAAAGCUUUUAAUGUUGGGGUCCUUGACUGGCGCCGUUUAGAAAAUUGGCAGCAUAACCUUAAACAGGUCCCUGAUAGAUGUAGCAAGGAUUCACCAUCCAGCAGCAAUACCACCUCAUUUUUCUCGACAGAUGGAUCAUCUAUCCAUUCAAGCAGAGGACACAGUUGCUCUCCUGCUCAUCCAAGGAUGCACCAGCCCACACUACAAUCUCAUCUGAAUGCAUCACCGGAAGAAGGCUGUUCUCAAGGUGUCAAAACCUUUACAGAUGUUGGAACGAUUCAAGAUCUCAAAGCUGCCUCGUCCGAUCCCUUGAAAGGGAAGCAAAGUAUCCUCAGGAUAUGUCACUCUAUUGAUGAAAAGCAUUCAGAAAUCAAGCUGAAGGAAUGCAAGAGUUCAGACCCACAGAUAGUUCCCAAAACAAGAAUGUCCCUGGAUUCGGAAAUUUUCAGGGUGGCACCACAUUUAAAAGGAAAAAUGAAGAUUCAAGAAGUUAAAUCCACAGGAGGAAUGGAGAAGUUGCCGGAACCAUAUUAUGAUAUCAUUGAUCACAAUUGCCCUGGAACCGACAAUUCAGUGGUUCUCUGUUUACCCAGAGAUGACAAAGAAAAUAGUCAUUCUGCAACAUCCUGCUUUUCUGAUUCGACAGCAAUAAAUAGUCAAAAAUCAAGUGAAGCAAAUCAAAGAAGCUUCCAGGAAGUAUCUUUUUCUGAAGAGGUUUACAAUGCAGAGGUCUACCAUGACAUUCCAUGUUCAUGCCCCAUGCCUUGUGAAGGUGGUGACAAUAAAAACUUGAAGAUGAAACAAGCCAACUCCACAGAUGUAAAGAGUGUCAAGUGUUCACAUAAACCAUCACAACCUUCACUAUCUUCUGUAAGAUUAUCAUCCAGUCCGUCCAGAGGCAAAAAUCUGGAAGAGAAGUCAUCAAAGAUCAUGUCUACAGAUUCAACUUUAAUUAAGUCUUCCGAGGAAUCAGAUCUCAAAAUGGGCACUGUAGCAGCUGCUAAAUCGAGAAAGCCUUCUCCAACACGUCUAUUUAGCAUAGGCUUGGGUAGGAAUGGCAGAAGUUCUGGCCACAGAGAUGGUUCAGCUAUAUCACAAUUGAGCUCCAGGCAUAUUUCUGCUAAAUCUGACUCAGAGAAAGCUGUGGCUCCUCGCUCAGAUAACUCAAAUAGCCAUCUGCAGAAUGGUAGUAGUACAGCCCGGUCCUGCCCUUUGAGAUUAUCAUCCAGUCCAUCCAGAGGCAAAAAUCUGGAAGAAAAGUCGUCAAAGAUAAUGUCUACAAAUUCAACUUUAGUGAAGUCUUCUGCAGAAUCAGAUCUGAAAAUGGGCACUGUAGCAGCUGCUAAAGUGAGAAAUCCUUCUCCAACGCGUCUAUUUAGCAUUGGCAUGGGCAAGAAUGUCAGCUCCAGAAAUAUUUCUGCUAAAUCGGGGUUGGAGAAAGCUGUGGCUCCUCCUUGCUCAGAUAAUUCGAACAACGAUAUGCAGAAUGGUAGUAGUAAAGCCCGAUCCAGCCCUUUGAGAAGGUUACUGGACCCAUUGCUUAAGGCGAAGGCAACAAAUUCCCAUGACUCCACACAGUCAUCACGGAAAGAUUCUUCAUCAGCAGAUAGGGCCUGCAACUCAUCUCAUGGACGAGGAGAAUCUUCGACUCUUCACUCAAUGAAAGUAAAAUUCGAUUUGAGGAGUUGUAGGUCCAUUAAUGUUGAUGAUUCACGGCACAAUGAUAAGCAUGGAUCAUCAACAGUGCAAGCUCUUCUGCAGAUUGCCAUAAAGAAUGGCCAUCCUCUGUUUACAUUUGCCGUUGACAAUAAUGGUAACAUUCUAGCAGCCACAAUGAGAAAGUUAAGUACUUCUAAAAAGGAUGACGACAGCUGGAUUUAUACAUUCUUCACUAUUCGUGAGAUGAAGAAAAAGAAUGGUUGUAUAAAUCAAGGGAGCAAAGGCAAAGGUCAGGGUUAUGUCCCUAACGUUGUUGCCCAACUGAAGGUUACUGAUUCUCAGUUCUCUAAGUUGAUCGGACACAAGUGUACGGAACAAUUUAGCAUUAGGGAGUUUGUUUUGUUCGCUGUGGACCCUAGAGAGUCGGAUCAGCAAACAUCAGACUUCCAGCCAAAUGAUGAGCUUGCAGCCAUUAUUGUCAAGUUCCCUGAACAGACUGCUAAAAAUCUGGACCAAGAUGGGCAGCAGAGCGAUAGCUUCAGUUACCAAUCAAUGAUUGGUCUGAAAGAGCCAUUAUCAGAGGUCAGAAGCAAUUCUAAUUCUAGGGAUGACAAAGAGAAUGGAUCUUCUAACGGAAGUCAAGACCUUUUUAGCACAACAGUUCUUCUGCCCGGUGGUAUUCAUGGACUACCAAGUAAAGGAGAACCUUCAUCACUGAUUGAACGAUGGAAAUCGGGAGGGUUGUGUGAUUGUGGAGGUUGGGAUAUGGGUUGCAGAAUUAGGGUUUUGUCAAACCAAAUUCGACUUAGUCGGAGAUCAAGUUCAUCCAUAGUUCAUCCCACUGAAGGACUAUUUGAGCUUUUCUCUCAGGGAGAACCUCUGGAAAAUAGGCCUGCCUUUAGCUUGUCCGCAUUCAAGGAUGGAUUAUUUUCUGUUGAAUUCAAUUCUUCACUCAGCCUUCUACAAGCAUUCUCUAUAUGUAUAGCAGUUUUAAAUAGUAGGAAAGCAUACAGAUUUCCAGAAUCAAGUAACUUGUUUGAAGAGAAAUCAUCCGAAGAAACGACAUUUUCGGAAAUUGAUGGAACAAAAGGUUCUUGACUGUAUCAAAAGCAUAGUUUGCACAGAAAGUAUGUCAUAAUUGGGCUCAGGUUGUACAGUUUUUAUUUUGCUGUUGGCUAAACAACUCAGUCCUGCAAUGAACAUUGUGCUGAAUGCCAUCAUCAUCUGCCAUUGAAAUAUGGAACCAAAAGGAUCAUGGCUUUCAUUUUCAGAAAGCAUGCUAUAGGUGCAGGAAGGUUCCCUGGAAAACUGUAAUUUGCAUUAGUUGUAUACAGAAUAAAGGUAUCUUUGUUGAGUGUCCAUCUCAUGUACAGAUUGUAUACUACAAUCUAGUUUAAUGCAUGAAGCUUAAUGAAGUCAUUUCCGUGCGCAUUUGCUUGCA